UCCUUCCUUCCUUUGCCGCUGACCACCUCCCUCCCUCCCUCCCCUUGGAAUCUGCGGACCCAUGGCUUCUUAAACAAUUCAGACCAGCGGAGGCACAGCGCAUCAGACCGGAGGCUGCUCUUGCUCUUGCUCCCCCCUCCCCGCAGAAGAAUCUUCAAGGGUCCUGAUUCUUCAAGGAUCCUGAUGGGGAUCUGCGCGUCCUCGGAGCACCUCGGGCAGCAGGGGCAGGAUGCGGACGAGAGCAUCGUGUAUGUGAUGGACGAGGAAGGAGGAGGCGGCGCGUCGUCGCCGAGGAAGGUGGCCUCCCUCUUCUCCCAGAAGGGCAAGAAAGGCCCCAACCAGGACGCAGUCAUCCUCUGCCAGGGAUUCGGCAUGGAGGACGGCGUGUUCUGCGGCGUGUUCGACGGCCACGGCAGGUGCGGCCACUUGGUCAGCAAGCUGGUGAGGGACUACCUCCCCUUCAUGGUCCUGAGCCACCGGAACGCGCUGCUCCUUGCCGACGCGGAGGCGAACGCCGACGACCCCGUGUUCAGCGACGCCUCGCCGUCGUCCUCCGCGGACAGCAGCGGCAACUCGUCGCCGCACCCGUCGCAGAUGCUGGAGGAGUGGACGGAGGCCUGCACCAAUGCAUUCAAGGCCAUGGACAACGAGCUCAAGCUGCAGGCCAACAUGGACUGCGCCUUCAGUGGCACCACGGCAGUGUGUGCCAUCAAGCAGGGGAAGGAUCUGAUCAUUGCCAACCUCGGCGACUCGAGGGCGGUUCUUGCCACCAUGUCAGGGGCCUGCUACCUAAAGGCCGUGCAGCUUACCACUGACCAGAAGCCCGGCCUACCUGAGGAGGCGGAGAGGAUCAAGAGGUGCGAGGGGCGCGUGUUCGCGCUGAGGGAGGAGCCGGGCGUGAUGCGGGUGUGGCUGCCAGGCGAGAACCUCCCGGGGCUGGCCAUGGCGCGCGCGCUGGGGGACUCGAGGCUGAAGCACCAUGGCGUCAUCUCGACGCCGCAGGUGACGGGCCACCGGAUAAGCGAGGCGGACCUGUUCAUCAUCCUGGCGACGGACGGGGUGUGGGACGUGCUGAGCAACGAGGAGGUGGUGUCCAUCGUCUGCGCCACGCCGCGGAAGCAGCACGCGUCCAAGGCCGUGGCGGAGGCGGCGGUGCAGAGGUGGAAGACCAAGUACCCAUCGUCACGGGUGGACGACUGCUCCGCGGUCUGCCUCUUCCUGCACGACGCAGCGGCUAGGAAGAUCUAGCCGGCGCGGCGCGCAAGGAGAAGGAGAGGGGUCGCUCGAAGAUACUCAGGCUUAGACUCCGGCAAAAGGCCGGCCGUUCAGCUGCAUCUUGUACAUGUUUCCGUUCUCCUUUUUGCCGGGGUUUUGUUUUUCUUUCAAAUACUCUCUCGUGCUUACUACUCCCUCCGAUUCCUAAAUAUAAUACCUUUUAAAAAUUCCAUUAUAAACUACAUACAGAUGUAUGUAUUCAUAUUUUA